CAUGAGCGUAAGCGCGUAUUAGGAUCCGGCUGAACACGUGGGCGUGUUUAGUUUAUUUUAUAGUAAAAUAAUCCGCGUUUUAUACCCAGAUGCAGCGGACGUCAACGUGGAAAGUGACACGUCUAGUUGGAUAUACCGUGUAGAAUGUUUUUUCUUUUCUUUCUUUCUUUCUUUCUUUCCUUUUUUUGGGGGGAUUGUUGACUACCAAUGAUCAUCAGGACACUUCAUUGAUGAGAACAAAGGAGCAGAUGAGAGCAGAGUGAUCAGUGCACACUAGGCCCUGCAGACCUUUCUGUCAGUCAAAAGGUCUAACUGGAGCAGAGUGACGCCUGUUGCGUCCAGCUCUAAACGGUCCCACCAUUUCCUUCUUGUGUUGGUCUCCGUGAGAGUUUCAAAACUGUUUCUCCAACGCUUCUUCCAGAAACUCAGACUGUUUUCCAAAGCAGAAGCAGCACAACCCUCCCAGACAGAGGUGAUGGGAAGUGUGCGGGCUAACCGCUAUAGCAUUGUGUCAUCAGAGGAGGACGGGAUGAAGUUGGCCACUAUGGCGGUGCAGAAUGGCUAUGGGAAUGGGAAGAGCAAGGUGCAUACUCGGCAUCAGCCCCAGAGCAGGUUCGUCAAGAAAGAUGGACACUGCAAUGUACAGUUCAUCAAUGUCAGUGAAAAGGGUCAGCGCUAUUUGGCUGACAUUUUUACCACUUGCGUGGACAUUCGCUGGCGCUGGAUGCUUCUCAUCUUCUGCCUGGCAUUCCUGCUCUCAUGGCUGUUCUUCGGAUGCAUCUUCUGGCUGGUCGCCAUCUUCCAUGGAGACCUGGAAGGCAACAGUCCGAAAUGUGUUUCGAAUGUGAGCAGCUUUACUGCAGCUUUUCUUUUCUCCAUUGAGACACAGACCACCAUUGGCUAUGGCUACCGCUAUGUGACAGACGAAUGUCCCGUUGCUGUCUUCAUGGUGGUUUUCCAGAGCAUCGUGGGCUGCAUCAUUGACGCUUUCAUCAUCGGUGCAGUCAUGGCUAAGAUGGCCAAGCCUAAAAAGCGAAACGAGACAUUGGUGUUCAGCCACAAUGCUACCGUGGCCAUGAGGGACAACAAGCUGUGUCUAAUGUGGAGGGUUGGCAACCUGCGCAAGAGCCAUCUGGUAGAGGCCCAUGUUCGGGCUCAGCUCCUUAGGUCUCGUACUACAGCAGAGGGGGAAUAUAUCCCGCUGGACCAAAUAGACAUUGAUGUGGGCUUUGAUAGCGGCAUUGACCGUAUUUUCUUGGUUUCUCCAAUAACCAUUGUCCACGAGAUUGACGAGGACAGCCCAUUUUAUGACAUGAGCAAGCAGGAGCUAGACAGUUCGGAGUUUGAGAUCGUGGUGAUCUUGGAAGGUAUGGUGGAAGCGACAGCCAUGACAACUCAGUGCCGUAGCUCAUAUCUGGCCAGUGAGGUCAUUUGGGGCCACCGCUUCGAGCCAGUCUUGUUCGAGGAGAAGAACUACUACAAAGUGGACUAUUCGCGCUUUCACAAGACCUAUGAGGUGCCCAGCACCCCGCUGUGCAGUGCCAGGGACCUUGCAGAGAAAAAAUACAUCCUUUCCAAUCCCAAUUCCUUCUGUUACGAGAAUGAGGUGGUGCUUCCGAACAAAGAGGAGAAGGAAGAAGGAGACGGGGGUGGACUGCUGCCCACGAGCACACACACUGACACUGGCUCAGACUCUGACCACAAUCAAGCCAGUGUUCCUUUAGAGUCACGGCCACUGAGGCGAGAAUCAGAAAUAUGACUGUAUAGGCCUCCUGUGAAAAGUCCAGUAAUUGCCUGUUGAUCAAAUAGGCACGUUGAUCUGAACUGAGGUCCUGAGGGGAUGCAGACUUAAGCUGACGGUACAGCUGCGCGGAGAGGUUAAGAGAUGAACUGAACAAGAGCGUUCAUGAUGAAUAUAUCCGGUUUAUAAAGAGGCAUUGCACUGAAAAUGAGUGCACACGAAAGGGCGGGUGGGUUUAUCCAGUUAUGCAACACUACCUUUUAGACCAUUGCUCUUUGAUGGAACACAGUGGAGAGGAUGUAACUGCUAUGUAAAACUUGAAAAUAUCGGGCAUGUCUUCCUGUGCAUUUGUCCAGCAGUGGUAGACUGAUAUGAACAGGCUAAAAAAAAAAAAAGAGUGUUCUACUAAUGCAUGAAUGAUAUCAAAUCAUGUAUUGUAUUUUAUACAUAUAUGCUGUAGAGGGGAAAAAAAAGCUAAACUCGUACUGAUACCAACGUGUGCACGUUUACCUUAAUUUAUGCCUGUAUUACAUAGCCAAGCAUCUCCGACGUAGAAAUUCUUUAUUUGUCAGAUAGGGCAGUAACCAAACGAAACCUUUACAUCUGUUCAGUACAGACAGAUGCAAUCAUAGAUAAAUGCCUGUGUUUAUAGUGCCCUGUCGUGUCAUAUAGAUAUACAAUGGUCCAACUUUUUACAUACGAGUGAUGAACAUUGGUCAAUCUAUUAUUUAAUAUAUUACCGUUUGUACCACCUUAUUGUUAGCGUGAGUUCUCAUAAGGGGUCAAAGGUAUCCCUGAAAUAUUCCUGUUGGGAACUUCUGAUUUUAGACGUGUGUGUGUGUGAGCUUGUCUGUGUGUGUGUGUGUGUGACCUGUGGCCACAAUACAAACAGUUUACUUGCUAUUAAUGUAACUAGUAGUUUGCUCUGCGUGGGUCAUUUGGGCUUAAUUGCAGGCUCAGGAGCUGGGGAAAUGCAAGGAACAUGCCUGUUUACAGUGGUAACUCCCACAGGGCCAGACCGGUGUCAAAGCCAGACACAGCAGUCAUCCCAUCCACUGGGAAGAGAGAGUGAGAAUGCGCUAAUGAAUGUUUUUCCAUACAUGCUGCUAUGUUGCAUCUUAUAAUAGGGUUUUGGAGAAGACUGAAAUAUUCUAAAGAGUAUUCUAAUCAAGGCAUCAAAUUAUUUGAAAGAUAUUAGAUGCAGGUCUAUAGGACAGAAAAAGAAAAAAAAGAAGAAGAAGAAACUAUUUUUGAUGGGAUUUUGGUUUUGUUUGUUCUUUAGUACACAUGCUUAUUAUAUGAGAUUUUUUUUUCAUAUUCAAAGCCAAAUGUUUUUAAAGGAAAAUAUCACAGAGAUCAUGAGAAAUAAGGCUACAGUGUAGCCUCUUGGGAAAACUCCUUAUCCCCUAAACGUCAGUGUUAUUAUAUAAUGUAAUAUAAUGUCAUAUAUUAUAUUAUAUUAUAUUAUAUUAUAUUAUAUUAUAUUAUAUUAUAUUAUAGUGCUGCAUAAGUAAGUGUUCCAAGGUUGCUAGAAAUGUGUAGAUUUGCAUACAAGCAACUUGUAUGAAUUAAAAAUAUAUUUUUUUACAAUAAAACCUAAAUAUUCAAUAUGUAAAACUGCACUGUAUUAUGGCCUUGAGAUUUAAGGUAGCUAAUAUUUUGUAAAAUUGGAUAGAAAACAGCACUGUUACAGAUGUUUUUACCCCUACAAUGUUAAUUUUUUUAUUAUUAUUCUUUUUUUUUAAAUUUCAUGACACCAAGGUCUAGCUUUACCUGACGAACUGCAGUUCAACCCUCAUGGCUCAUGCUCUGGGUCGUUGAAUCCUGUAGGACUGAGUAAUUAGACCAAGAUCACGUCACCAGCACCGACCUCAGGAUGGAUCGUAACCUGAGAUUUCACGUUAUCAGCCGAUGUCGUGCUAUCAAACCAGCCUCGCUACAUGUCGGGAAGUUUUCUAAGCAGAGCAGAUCUUCUCCAGUGCUCUCUAAAAGGAGAUAAUAAUAUUCAGAUCAGCAAACAGUUGCUUUAUUUUAUGAUUUACACUCGAAAAGCGUACAAAUCUACAUGAAUCGGUAUCCGCUUUUGUGUUAGCUUUGCGUUAGGUUGGGUUUUUUGGUUGUUUUUUUUUUUGCUAUUGUUAUUUCUGGGGGGGUUUUCUCUGCACUUAAAAAAAAAAAAACAACAACAAAAAAAAAAACAUCAACACUAGGUUACUAGGCAGAAUCAAUAGGCCUGAUGAAUAAUGACCUAUCAAACUGAAGAAGCCUUUCUCAAUGACUGAUGGCCUGCGUGCAGUUUCUCCUUGAUUUGUAAAUAUCCCAGUACUUUUUGCAGUCUGUUUUUUCUGUCAGUCUUCCUUGUACUGCAAAAAACAAUGGAAUGUACAGAUUUUUAUAUUAUGACUAAUAUUAUUGAAGUUGUUGUUGUUAUUAUUAUUAUUAUUAUUAUUAUUAUUAUUAUUAUUAUUAUUAUUAUUGUUGUUGUAAUAAUUAUUGUACAUGCUAUUUUAUUUCUGUUUUUCAAUAAAAUAUGAAUGAAGAA